AUGACGGAGGAAAAGAAAUACGGCGAAUUUUUCGUAAAUUGCAAAGAUUUCAAGGAGGUUCAUGACCUUGAAAAUGGUAGUAAUGAAGAAAAAGAUGUUAGUGAACAUUUUGAAGGUGGUAAAAAUAUGCAAAAGGAAAAAUCAAUCACGGUGCCGGUUCAGGAAAUUUCAGAAAAAGAGCAGUUAGAAGUUUUAAGCUCGUUAUUUGAAGCGGAGAACACGCUGAGAAAAACACUCUAUGAUAUCAAUUUGUUAAAAACUUUCCUUCUUUCAAAAAAUGAAAAGCGUGAAUUCUUCAAAAUUCCUCCUACAGAGUUAGAUGUCUAUGUAGCAAAUUUCAUAUUAAGCGUUCGGAAAAAAGGGGGAGAGGAGUUUGAGCCAACUUCAUUGAGAAGUCUGAUUUCUAGUAUCGACAGAGCUCUCCGACGACACCGCUACGAAACAAGCAUAAUUCAAUCUCCUGAAUUUAUUUUCGCAGCAACAAAACAAGCUUUGAAAGCCAAACAAAAAGAUCUAAAGCAAAAAGGGAAGGGAAACAGACCACAAAAGGCAGAUCCAUUAUCCGAUGAUGAUAUAAAUAUUCUAUAUGACUCGGGAGUUUUGGGAGUUACUUCCCCUCAAGCAUUAUUAAAUACAGUUUGGUUCAACAAUGCAAUUCAUCUUGGGCUACGCGGACAUCAGGAACAUUACAAUCUCUGUUGGGGGGAUAUUUCCUUGCAAAAAAAUCCCGAUGGCACGGAAUAUUUACAGCAUUUUGAAAGGCAGACUAAAACCCGCACCGGUGUUAACACGCGUGACACUAGGAAAGUCUUAGGAAAAAUAUUUUCGGCCCCUCAUUUGAAUGAAAACAACCCGGUAGAAGUUUACAAAAAGUACGCCAGUCUGAGACCCCAAGGUUUUUCGGAACCAAAUGAUCCUUUCUACAUAGCUACACGAACAAUCCCUCUUUCUGACACACGAAGCGAUAAAUGGUUUAUGAAACAAAGGCUUGGGGUGAAUAAAAUUGGAAAAAUUUUGAAUAAUAUGGUUGAAAAGUGUCCAAAACUUUCAGAAUCUUGGAAAAGGCUUACAAAUACCAGUACAAGAAAAUACUGCGUUCAAAAACUCAGAGAAGAAAACAUUGCGCCCACAGAUAUCAUGCAAGUCACAGGACACAAAAACGUCAAUUCUAUCAUUAACUACUCUGAGGUUACAAUAAAAAAACAACAGGAAAUGUCAGUUCUAUUGUCGACAACAAAACGUAAUUGUUCAACGGAUAUAGGCGAUUCCCCUACCAUAAACCAACCAGGGCCUAGACCUGUAGCAGUCGCAGGAAGUAUUCAACAGGCUCAGUCACUAUUUGCAGGGGCAAUACUGCAUGUAAACAACAUGAAUAUUUACACUUACCAAAAUGCCUCCCAGGACCUUGCUCCGUCGCCAGCGAAAAAAUCCAAAUGA